AUGCAGGCAUCUUUGCCGGCCGGUGCACCUGGCUCAACGGACGUGGGUCCAGAUGCACCGUCGGCUGCCAACACCAUAUCCACGUCGGAAGGCAAUCCUGCUGGUGAUGCCCCUGCGUCGAAUCGUGUGUCUGCACCGACUCCUGCUCCUCCAUCAGCUUCAGAACAGGCUCCUUGUAACAACAAGGCAUCUGAGAAGGCUCUCGCCUCUGAUGCCAGGGCUCUCUCGACCCCUAGUGACGGCCUUGGUCGUGGACCUGAUCCUGUUCCCAGCACAACCGUAUCCCCUCCGCCCGCCACCACACAGGCCGCCGCGCGAGCGCCAAAAAGAGUGUCCAAACCAUCGUCCAGUGCGGCGCGUGCAAAACAGACGACUCUAGCCGACCUGAAAGGUGGCAAUAUCGGUACGCUAACGCAGGAUCCACCUGCUCCUGGAUUUCUCCCAGCUGGCGGCGGCGGACGAAAAGUGAUUCCCGAGCUCGUGCUCCCAUUUACCUUGCCUACGAGACCCUUACCUUCCACUGUCCAUGGUGCUCACAGCGAAUCCGCAGGUGCCGUGGCUCUCCCAGACAGCGAUACACCGGAGCCACUUGAGAAAAGUAUGGUGUUCUUACAGUCGCUCCGGCAAACGCGCAUGAUGCACAUGCUUCAAGUCUUGCCUCCUUUCAGUCACAGGCAUCGUGCUGGUACCGACUACUAUCAUUCCGUACCGCCUGAACUCUUACCAGGCUUGGAGGAUGGCUCAUCCCAUACACUCAUUUCUUUGGGUCGGGCAGAUGUGCACGUAGGCCCUGUUGUAUACUAUGGUGUGCGAUUCUGGCAAGCCCGCCCUGUGCCAAAAACCGCCAUGGCCAAAGUGAGUGACCCGCUACAUCAGCCCUUUCAGCACCAUGCUGCUCAGCACGGCACAGCGCUCACCGUAUCAAGUUCCCCAGCCACGGUCACACAGCACAACCAGCUGCCACCACCACCAUCGCCCAACUCCCACAGCACGCCAACGUCGGGCGUCUUUGGCUCCACACCUACUGCAAGCACAUCAAGUUCAGAACGAACGACCGCUGCCGAGGCACAGAUAGCGCCACUUGCGCCAUCACAGACGCCGUCACCACAUCGUGUGCCGACGCCUCUCGAUCCUGGCUUUGUCGCACGGCUCCAGCAGCGGGCUGAAAAAGAUUCGCACUUGCAGCAGCUGCUCCAGCUCGCACGAGCGGGUCAACUCGCUCCGAAUGGACUUGCGCAGCUCAAUGCAAUCUUGGGAUCACUCAUGGUUCCAGCCCCAUCGGCUACGACAACGUCGCCAUCGCGACCGGCACCAUCUGUGGCGCCUGAGGCAUCCACCCCUUCUACGCACGCAAUACCAACGACGUCGCCCGCCUCAGCAGUCCGCGCUGCACCAAGACGUUCGUCACCAGCCCCCUGUCACAACGACGAGCAUGCGCCGCCACCCAUUGUUCUUGUCGAGUUUCCCGAGAACCCAAGCUUGCAUUUCGUUCUCCCCCUCUGGCACAUGGCGAUCGAGCGGCGCACCACUCAUCAAGGCGCGCGUCGAAUCCUAUUGAGUUUUCUCAUUCCUGCUAUUGGCUCGAAGGCUGCUGGCGAAAGCGGCAAGAAUGAGGCGUCUGAGGCUGUGCAUGGGAUGCUUGUGCAGGAUCUGGACUUCAAAAAGUCCCAUCAGGCGACACGUUCUGACCAGACUGCGACGCAGACAGAUGAGAUGUCUAGCACGCCGGCCUGCACAAGCGCGUCGUCAGAUUCCAUGCAGAAAUCCGAGGCAUCUGAACAACCUGUCACGAACCCUUCGAUACCCAAAGCAGCCCCCUCGGGAUCCAACGCUAGACGUGCCAGGCGUUCGUCCAGUCGUGCUCGAAAUGACCGCAAUAUUCAUGACGCACUUCCAGAUCCUAGCACGCGUGUUUCCAGACCUCGACCUGUUCCGACGCGAAACCAUGAGUUGUAUCCUGUGACUUGGAACAUCACAUCUCAAGCACCGCUGGAUCAGAGAUUGUGGGAAUGUCUUGGUCGUGUUCCUGGUUGCCUCACUGAUGGGCAUUGGACCUCAUCAUACGAUGAGCGAGUCUGGAAUCUACUCAAGGGAUCCUUGCGCUCUCGCAUGGCAUCAAGGCCUCCUGAGUACACACUCCCCACUCACCUGCUCCAGGAAGAUAUCCCAGUGGGCCUGGUUGAUCACGUAAGUGACCGGUACAUGAUGCGCAUGCUUGUGAAUACAAGCCGACCACAGCCGAAGCGGAAGGUGGCUAUGCUUUCAGAAACCAAAGACACACCUCGUGCUAAUACCGCUAGUAUCGCUAUGCGAGCACCAAUAGUGUCGGAGGAUGGCUCUAUACCUGUCAAGCCAAAACGCAAACGUCAUGUCGCUACGCACAAUCCUGAUGGGAGCAUCAAGAGUUGUGGAGCAUGUGGCAAAACCAAGACACCGAUGUGGCGUCGGGGGCCCAAAGGACCAUCGCAGCUGUGCAAUGCAUGUGGUGCGAAGUGGAAAGCAGGCCGCUUAGUUGUCCCUGAUGUACCGCCGCCUCCAAUAUUAAAUGAUGUGAUGCCAAUUCGCCACGUGAAGCAAACGCCCCCGUCUGUACCGACUCCAGCCUCAUCCUAUGUGCCACUCGACAGGUCGAAGUUGGACCCAUUGCCAACGCCACCAUCUUCCAUUCCUACGCCAUCAAUCGACUUGCCGGCAAAAACAGAGGCGACCUCGUCAUGCACGAUACCCAGCGCAACACCAAACCCGCCGCCCAACGCUACGUCCGCCACAUCGUCUGUUUCCAUGCCUACCGCGACUUCCAUUCAGAAUACCGAUGCGACGAGUCCGACGUCAACGACCCCACCGCGACCAAGCAUGCCACCAUCUAUCUUUACGAACAGAAAACCACUUGCAUCAACGGACUUACCAUCUACUACGUUACUGUCGCCCCCAACGGACGCCCUUCGCACAUCCGAUGCUGUGCGUCUUCCAUUACAUGCAGCCUCGCAUGCAACUGUCCAGACCGAAUCUCCCUCGCAUUUGUCACCACAGUCAUUGAAUGUACGGCCGCCGCCUUCCCCUGACAAUGGCGCGGAAGCAACCACAUAG